AGUUCUGCUUCCUGUGCGUGUCUGUGCCCAGGUUUGGCCAUGGCUGCAUGGAGCUGCCUUGUGACAGGAGCAGGAGGAUUUCUGGGGCAAAGAAUUGUCCACUUGCUGGCGGAGGAAAAGGAACUGCAGGAAAUCAGGGUGCUGGACAAAGUCUUCAAACCAGAAUUGCUGGAGCAAUUUUCUAAGCUGCGGAGCAAGGUCAAGGUGACGGUGUUGGAAGGAGACAUUCUGGACAAGCAGUGUUUAAGGGAAGCCUGCCAGGGCAUCUCCGCUGUCAUCCAUACGGCCUCUAUCAUCAAUGUUCAUAGUAUCACCCAAGAAGACAGUAUCAUGAAGGUCAACUUACAAGGUACCCAGCUCAUGUUGGAGACCAGUGCUCAGGAAAACGUGCCCAUCUUCAUCUACACCAGCUCCUUAGAGGUGGCUGGGCCAAACUCCUACAAAGAGGUUGUUCAGAAUGGUCACGAAGAAGAGAAUCGAGAAACGACAUGGACAAACCCAUAUCCAUACAGCAAAAAGCUUGCCGAGAAGGCUGUGCUGGCAGCAAAUGGACAGACUCUUAAAGAUGGUGGUACCCUGUCCACAUGUGCCUUAAGGCCCAUGUAUAUUUAUGGGGAAGGGUCUCAGUUCCUUUUAUUCCAUAUGAACAGGGCCCUGAAGAACAACAACACCCUGGAGAAGUUUGGCCAAUAUUCUGUAGUCAACCCAGUUUAUGUUGGCAAUGUAGCCUGGGCCCACAUUCUGGCCUUAAGGGCCCUGCGGGACCCCAAGAGGGCCCCACGCAUCCAAGGAAAGUUCUACUACAUCUCAGAUGAUACACCACACCAAAGCUAUGUUGACCUCAACUACAAUUUGAGCAAAGAAUGGGGUUUCAGUCUUCAGUCUGGAAUGAGUUGUCCUGUGUUUCUGGCUCACUGGAUCGCUUUCCUUCUAGAAAUGGUGAGCUUUCUCCUCUAUCCAAUUUACAAAUAUGAUCCCCCUUUCACCCGCCACUUGGUGGCAUUGUCCAACAGUACAUUCACCUUCUCCUAUAAGAAAGCAAAGCAAGACCUGGGAUACAGGCCACUCUUCAGCUGGGAGGAAGCCAAGCAGAAGACCUCGGACUGGAUUGGCUCCCUGGUGAAAGAGCACAGGACCCUGAAGACAAAGAUGCAGUGAUCUGGGGGUGUCAAGGAUGGAUGUGUGUGGGGCCAAGGGAGUUUCUGUCUAACUCUCUUACCCUACCCCUUGCUUCAUUCAAAACAUGACAUGGAGAUAGAAAACCUGCUGCCGUCCUUUUAUUAGGUGGCCAUAGUACUGUCUCUUCCUUAACUAGGAUUCUCUCUGCUUCUGUCCCCCAUCCCGCCCCAAAGACAGACAAGACUGUUUACUAUUAUUGCCAAUGCCAAAAUCUUGUAUGUUGAUUCUGAGCUUGAGCCCCUUUGAUGCAGAAUUUUGCCCGUUAGUUCCAUUUACUUUAUCAAAUGAAACAGCACUUUUUCCUCUCUAA